AGGAUUGGCUGAUGAAAUUACCCUAAGGAUUUAUUUAUGAUUUUUGUAACUUUAAAAUUCUUUUCGUGAAAAGGUUAUUCUCAAGACAUGCCGACCGUGGACGUUAAGCGAGACUUGUUAUUCAAGGCCAUUGGAAAGGAGUACACGGAUGAAGAGUUUGAAGAACUGUGCUUUGACUUUGGACUUGAACUGGAUGAAGUGGUUGAGGAAGGUGAUGAAGGAGUCAUCUACAAAAUUGAAAUCCCAGCCAACAGAUAUGACCUUCUAUGUCUGGAAGGAAUCUCAAGAGGAAUUCAAGUUUUUCUUGGAAAGAUAAAAGCUCCUAGAUACAAAGCUGUGAAACCCAGUGGUGCUAUGCAGAGAUUAAAAAUCUCCAAAAAUACAGCUCUUGUCAGACCUCAUUGUGUUGCUGCCCUCAUAAGGAAUAUUACUUUCACUCAGGAAAGUUAUAACAGCUUCAUUGACCUUCAAGAUAAACUACAUCACAAUCUUUGUCGACGUAGAAGUCUUGUUGCCAUAGGAACUCAUGAUUUUGACACACUGCAAGGACCAUUUUUGUAUGAUGCUCUUCCUCCUCAAGAUAUCAAAUUUAUACCUCUUAACCAGACCAAAGAAUUUACUGCUGUUGAAUUGAUGGACUUGUAUAAGGGGGAAAGCCACUUGAAACAGUACCUGCCAAUCAUUCGGGACAAACCAGUUUAUCCUAUCAUAUUUGAUGCCAAAAGUGUUGUGCUGUCAAUGCCACCAAUUAUCAAUGGUGAACAUUCCAAAAUAACACUCAACACAAGAAAUGUCUUCAUAGAAAGUACAGCCACAGAUCUUCACAAGGCUAAAAUUGUCCUGGACACACUUGUGACAAUGUUCAGUGUCUACUGUGAGGAACCAUUUGUGGUGGAAUCUGUUGAAGUUGAGCAGCCAGAUGGAUCAGUCCUUGUUUAUCCAGAACUUAAAUAUCGCCAUGAAGUGGUCAGUGUUGAGCAGAUUAACAAUAAAAUUGGAAUCAAGGAAUCUCCAGAGAGAGUUGCAGAAUUGUUGACAAGGAUGUGUCUUCAAAGUGAGGUUACUGAUGGUGGGAAAAACGUCAAAGUAGAAAUUCCUCCAACUAGAGCAGAUAUUAUCCACGAGUGUGAUGUAAUUGAAGAUGUGGCCAUUUCUCAUGGAUUUAAUAACAUUGUAAAGAGAAUACCUCCAACCAAUACUAUUGCUAAUCAGUUCAAGUUGAACACACUCUGUGAUCUGCUGAGACAAGAAAUAGCUCAAGCGGGCUUUACAGAAGUUUUAACCUUCGCUCUGUGUUCCCGUGAUGAUGUUUCGGAGAAACUCAAGAAGCCUUUGUCGUCUUCAAAAGCUGUUCACAUCGCAAAUCCAAAAACACUGGAAUUCCAGGUUGCAAGAACAACACUCAUUCCUGGCAUCCUAAAGACCAUUGGCUGUAACAAGAAGAUGCCUCUUCCAAUGAAGCUGUUUGAAAUUUCAGACGUGGUACACAGCGAUGAUCAGAAAGAUGUUGGAGCUCGAAAUCACCGUCGUUUCUGUGCCGCGAAUUACAACAAGACGCCGGGAUUUGAGGUCAUUCAUGGUUUGUUGGACCGCACCAUGCAGCUCCUUGAAGUACCGUACACAGAGGAUAAAACGUCAGUACACGGAUAUUAUCUGGAGGCUCAUGCAGAUGAAACCUUCUUUCCUGGUCGAUGUGCGCAGGUGAUCGUUAACGGAAAGCCCAUCGGCAUCAUGGGAGUAUUACACCCAGAGGUUGUCAGCAACUUCGAGUUGAAUUUACCAUGCGCAGUGCUUGAACUGGACGUGGAGGAGUUCCUUUGAGGGAAUCAGUAAUUACUGAAAUCAAUAGCUGAGUUAUUCAAUAGUUGGCUGCCUGAGGCUGCAGAGAAAAAUGAAUUUAGGAAAUAUUUGUGAAGUCAGAGAAUUGCCCACUUGCUCAUUCAAGUAUGCUGAAACACUUGAAUUUGCAUAACCUUGGUGAUGAAGCUUUCUACUUCCUGUUAAGUCAUUUAGAGCCGUCGCUCUCCAUGCGAUUUGACCAGUAACUGAAUAAUACCCGCUAUCUCAUUGGUCGUUUCCUCUAAUUUACUCCUCUUGUUUUGACCAUACUGGCGCACAAGUCUGAAAGUUUUUACUAGAUUUUUUCCGAUUAAGAAAGUGAAGGUUUAGAAGGCUGAAGCUGAGUAGGAGCUGUUUAGAGGUGGAAAAUAAAACAGCUCAAAUAUCUAAAAGUGCUUAAACUGAAACAAAUCGAAAUUUUGCUUAGUUUGCCGGUCUAUUCGAAAAAAGAUCGAUUUCAUUUUGCCGUUUGCCUGCUCAGUUAUAAAUCAGAAAAGGUGUGAGCAACAAUUAGUAAUGCGCUCGCCUAUGGCCUCCGUGCUUCCUGUUAGUUCUCAAAUCAUUUUAACUUCAUCUGUGUCUCUAACUUACUGAUUGAAUAAGGUGAAAAAGGAAUCUAUUUGUGAAAUAGAUUCGGCUGUCUGCCUACAUUAAUUUUCAAGAGCUCAAGAAGGUCACCCUAAGAUAAGUUUACUCAGUACUGUGUGUUUUAAUUAAAAAGUUUUAACCAAGAAGUUAUAGUAUUUCAAUGCACAAAUUCCAAGACAGUUAAAAAAGGCCCGAUGUGUUGAAUAGCAAGGCCCCAGAGGAAUGUCGGGUCUCUUCCUAGAUCAGCAAAUUCCAUCACUGGUUCCCAUACCACUCUGCUGCAUCACUCUUCUGUACAUUUAACGCCUCCAUUGCGCCGACUACCUUAACAAAACUAAUCUUAUUAUAACGGCCUGAAUUUUGUUUGUGUCCAUGAAGGAGAAGAGAUCUUGACAGACCUUUUUUCAGGCACUAUGAACAAUUAUGAGCAACUUAACGUGCCGAUAAAUCCCUCACUACAAUAGCUGUUUUUCGUAUGUAUAUAUGUCGUGAGGGUGAAGAUGAACUGCAUUUUUCAGUGUAGGAUUAUAAAAAUGAAAAUAAACAAAAUUAAUAGUA